CCAUUCUCAUCUGUCACUUGUUUUUUGUUUUUUGAAAAAGAGAGAAAAUUUAUUUCCUUUUCUUGUACUGCAUUUUCUGUGCUAAAUGUGUAAAUAAAUAAAGAAAAAUAUAAAAUAUUAAAGCCCAAUACCGCCAAAUUAAGGCGAAUUUAAUAUCCGCUAAAAGCGUGUAUAUCUAUCAAUUCAAUUUUGCUGCCAUUUCCUUAAGCCAAAGUCAUUUUAUCACAAAAUAAAAACAAAAGCACACAAUAAAAAAAAAGAAAAACACAAAAACAUGAUUUCAUCAACAUCAACUUCAGCAUCAUCUUCUUCGCUGAGUGCGCGUCAAACGAAAGCUACACGGCAGGCACUUUCUCGAUUCCAUCCUUACCAUGGAGCCAAUAUCAUCCUUUGCGAUGACAACACAGUGGCUCUGCGGAAAGCUAGCUUUGCCGAUGCAGUCACAUUCUCCGAGAAGCCACUGAUGCCCGGUGAGAUAUUCUUGAUUGAGAUUGAGGCCAACGAACGUGGAUGGUCAGGUCAUAUGCGAUUGGGACUGACACAGCUGUUGCCAGAGGUUAUAGUCUCCUCAAAUGAUGGUUUGCCACAGUAUGCUCUUCCUGACUUGGCCAACAUGGGUACAAGUUGGAUUUAUCCAAUAUCAAAGUUUGAAAGGCUAUUGAAUGAUGAUGGUGCAGCAAGUAGCAGUGCUAGAGAUGCCAAUGGAAAGAAAACUAGUACUAUUCUUGGAGAUUCUGUUUAUGUAAGAACUCCACGUGGAUUGAUUCCAAGACGAAUUCUCAAACCAGAAUCUGAUUAUAAUUCGGGAAUAUUGCUGACAGAUAAGGGAUCGAGGAUUGGAGUGGUGUUCGUGCCGACCGACACGGACAAGUCUAAGGCGGAAAUGCACUUCAUCAUAAACGGGAUCGACCAGGGUCCGUGCACAAGAGAGAUCCCCUACCAAAAUGGACCACUUCAUGUCGUUGUCGAUGUCUAUGGCACCACAAAACAAAUCCGCAUCGUCCAGCUUUAUGGAAUUAUUUCUCUUCAAAAUGCAUGUCGUGAUGCAAUCCUUUUGAAUCUGAAGAAACACGACGUCGACAAGCUGCCCCUUCCAGAUAGACUCAAACAGUUUCUCAUGCGCUAUGACUAAAGCAAAGCAAACAAAACAUCAUAAAUGAAAGGACAAAAUAUCUUCAAAUCAAAAAGAAGAAGGAAAAAAGCUGCUAAGAGCACAUCAGCAUCUUUAAUUUUUGAAACAAAAAAUCUAAAAUUUCGAAAAAUUGAUGUAAUUUUCAUUGCGCUAAAGCCUCCAUAUGUUUUUAUAACAAAUUACAUACAUACAUUUUUUCAAAAAUCUUAUUUCAAGAAAAUAAGAUAAAAAAGUUUUAAUCCCACUUAGUUGGUGUAGUUGAUUAAGUUAAAUGGCUUUGGGGCCGCAUCUUUCAUGGACUUUCAUUCCUUUCAUCAUCGUCGCCGUCGCCGCCAUCGCCGUAGCCGUUGCAGACCAUAAAUUUGCAUUUAAAUUAACAAAUUUUUCCUCUAUAUAUAUUUUGCCGCACCAUGUGAUAGUAUAUGUUUUAUACAUUUGUACAUUCGAUUAUAAAGAAGAAGAAAAAGAAAAUGCAUAAAAAGAAUAACAUUACAAAACAAAACAAA